AUGGUGAAACCUACCACCUCACACCUAGUUGCAGCAAAGAGGAUUUUGAGAUAUGUGAAGGGUACUAGCAAUUAUGGUAUCCAGUACUCUAAGAAUCCGAGUGGUGAACUAGUAGGGUACUCAGACUCUGAUUGGAGUGGAGAUAAAGAUGACAGGAAAAACAAUGCUGCUUAUGUGUUCAUGAUUGGAAAUGCAGCCUUUUCAUGGAGUUCUAAGAAGGAAUCAGUAGUUGCACUAUCUUCAUGUGAAGCAGAGUACAUUGCAACUUCCAUGACAGCAUGUCAAGCUAAAUGGAUCAACAUGUUACUGAUGGAAUUGCAAUUGGUGAAGGAUGAGAAGAUGGAACUCAGAAUUGAUAGCAAAUCUACUAUAGGCUUGGCAAAACAUCCAGUAGCACAUGGUAGGAGCAAGCAUAUUGAAACCAGAUUCCAUUUUCUAAGAGACCAGUGGAACAAUGGAAAGUUUGAAGUAAAGCACUGCAAAACAGAUGAACAGAUAGCAGACAUGCUCACAAAGCCAUUGAAGCUAAGCAGCUUUGAUUACUUGAAGAAGAAGUUAGGAAUGGCUGAAGCAUCUAACUAA